AUGGCGACGGUGCAGGAAAUCACCUCAGAGUCUGCCUUCCAGUCCAAAAUCUCCUCCCUCCCGCCGUCGACCCUCGCCGUAAUCUACUUCCACGCGCCCUGGGCCGCGCCAUGCAAGCACAUGUCCCUCAUCCUCCAGACCCUCGCCAGCACAUACCCCGCCGACGCGCCCAUCUCCUUCGUCGCCCUCGACGCCGAAGAGCUACCCGAAGUCGCCGAGCACUACGAUGUCACCGCCGUGCCAUUUGUAGUCUUGCAGAAAGAUGGCCGACCGCUGGACUCGGUUUCAGGCUCGGACGCGGCAAAGGUGCGCGCGGCGGUAGAGAAGUACGCUGGCGUAGGGAGCGGAGAGGCAAAGACGAGUCUACCGCCCGCGCAAACCGUCACCAAACCCGCAUUGGCACAGGAGAACGGCAUGGGCGAUGCCAAGGGGACGAAAAACCUGUCAGCGUACGCGCCCACGGCGUCAGACCCAGUGACGGCGCCCGACUACAGCUCCGGCGACGCUGCGACAACGAACAAGGAGGAGCUACACAAGCGUUUAGGAGAGCUGGUCAAGGCCGCGCCCGUUAUGCUGUUCAUGAAGGGCACACCGAGCGCGCCGCAGUGUGGCUUCAGCAGGCAGACGGUCAGCAUACUGAGGGAGAAGGGCAUCCGGUAUGGCUUCUUCAACAUCCUGGCAGAUGACGAGGUGAGGCAGGGGUUGAAGGAGUAUUCGGACUGGCCGACUUUCCCACAGCUGUACGUCGAUGGCGAUCUUGUUGGUGGAUUAGAUAUCGUUCGAGAGGAGUUCGACAAUGACCCAGAUUUCUUAGCGGAGUAUUCCGUCAGUGGGCAAAAGGGCGGCCCAGGAGCAGCAUCAGCGCAAACCCAGGCACCACAGGCCGCGUGAACGGCGUCGCCUUCAGGAUGAAAAGUCAACGGUACUUCAAUCUACAGGUGCAAAUGAUAAGCCGAGCUCUCCUAAAGACAAAGACGAAUCUAGUCCGGGGCCAUCAAGAGAAACAUGAGAUACGCUCAAACUCGGAACGUCACUACUUCAAGCUCCACGUUUGUUAUGACUCGGUAAAUGGCUGUCGACGAAACAUGCAUUCAUUUGCGAGUUCACGCUCCUUUUCUCCACGCUGUUUCUUUGGUGCCCAUGUCCCUUAGAUCAUCCUAGUCUACAAGGGCCUAGAUUCAACAUUUAAAUAUCCCAUCUUAUUCUAGACAUGCCUAGUUCCAAUC